AUGAUGCGUCGACUGACUCGGUACGGUGGGGUGGUGGCGACGACUGCUCUGCUGCAGUGGCGGGGGAAGGCAGCGGUCCUUUCGCCGGAAAUCACGACGAUGUGGGGGAUGCAGCGACGUCUCCAAUCGAGUGUGUCUCCGUGGAGCGGCAACAGCGGCAACAGCGGCGGCGGGGUGGGCGGCGGGGUGGGCGGCGGCGGCAACAAUCCGCAGCAGGGGCGCGCCUGGGUGAACCCACAGGCGGUACCGCCCGGCGAGUUCCUGAACAAGUACGCCCGCAACCUCACCGAGGAGGCGCGCAUGGGACGCCUGGACCCCAUCAUUGGCCGCGAGGAGAUCAUUCGGCGCACCAUUCAAGUCCUGAGCCGCCGAACCAAAAACAACCCGGUCCUCAUCGGUGAGCCCGGCGUGGGGAAGACGGCAAUCGUGGAGGGGCUGGCACAGCGCAUCGUGAGCGGCGAGGUGCCUGAGAGCAUCAAGGAGAAGAAGGUAUUCGCCCUCGACAUGGGCUCUCUCGUCGCUGGGGCGAAGUACCGCGGCGAGUUUGAGGAGCGGCUUAAGGGGGUGCUGAAGGACACCAUCGAUGCGCAGGGCAAAAUUAUCCUUUUCAUUGACGAGCUGCACACCCUUGUUGGGGCGGGUGCCUCCGGCGACGGCUCAAUGGACGCGGCAAACCUGCUUAAGCCAUCCCUUGCCCGCGGAGAGCUGCACUGCGUGGGGGCGACCACCCUCGACGAGUACCGACGCCACAUUGAGAAGGACGCUGCACUCGCCCGCCGCUUUCAGUCGGUGCUGGUGACGGAGCCGACAGUGGAGGAGACGAUAUCCGUGUUGCGUGGCAUCAAGGAGAAGUAUGAGGCGCACCACGGCUGCCUGAUCAAGGAUGAGGCGCUGGUGUACGCUGCAGUCAACUCGCAUCGGUACCUCUCCGAGCGUCGAUUGCCGGACAAGGCCAUUGACCUCAUCGACGAGGCUGCCAGUCGGCUGCGGCUACAGCAGGAGUCUAAGCCAGAGCAGCUCGACGGUGUUGAGCGCGAGCUCGUGCGGCUGAAGAUCGAGGUGGAGGCGGUUAAGAAGGACAAGGACGAGCUAGGUAAGGCGAAGCUGGAACAGCUUUACGCCCGCAUUGAGGAGCGGCAGAAGGAGUACGAUGCCCUGGAGGCGCGCUGGAAGAAGGAGAAGGCCAUGUUUGAGCGCAUCAAGCAACGGACUGAGGACCUCGACGUGCUGCGGUAUCAGUACGAGCAGGCCCGCACGGAGGGUGACUUCGCCAAGGCGUCUGAGAUCCUGCAUGGCCGCAUCCCAGCGCUGAAGAAGGAGAUAGAGGCGGACAAGCACGCGACGAAGACGGAGGGCUUCCUCACGCACGACUCCGUCACGGCAUCCGACAUUGCGCAGGUGAUUGCCCGCGCCACCGGCAUCCCAGUGCAGAAGCUCCUGACAGGCGAGCGGGACAAGCUCAUCCACAUGGACACCGAGCUGCGCCGCCGCAUUCUUGGGCAGGACGAGGCAAUCAACUCCAUCACGAACGUCGUGCGCAUCUCACGCGCCGCACUGCACUCGCACAAACGCCCUCUCGGCUCCUUCCUCUUCCUCGGCCCCACCGGUGUUGGCAAGACGGAGGUGUGCAAGCAGCUCGCCAAGUUUCUCUUCGACGAUGAGUCCUUCAUCUGUCGUAUUGAUAUGAGCGAGUACAUGGAGCGGCACUCCGUGCACCGCCUCAUUGGGGCCCCGCCGGGCUACGUCGGCUACGAGGAGGGUGGCGAGCUCACGGAGUCAGUGCGGCGGCGGCCAUACCAAAUAGUUCUCUUCGACGAGUUUGAGAAGGCGCACCCGAGCGUGUCCAACAUCCUGCUGCAGGUGCUUGAUGAGGGGCAUCUCACCGACAGCCACGGACGCCGCGUCGACUUCAAGAACACCAUCAUCAUACUUACCUCCAAUAUUGGGGCGGACGUCAUCGCGGCGUUGCCGGAGGGGGAGCCGUCGUCACGGGCGAUGCCGGCCGUGAUGCGACUGGUGCAGCAGCACAUGACCCCGGAGUUCAUCAAUCGGCUGGACGACAUUAUCAUGUUUAACCGCCUUGGGCGCAAGGAGACCCGUAAGAUCGUGGAGCUCCUUUUUGAUCAGGUGCGGGUGAUGCUGCAGGAGCAGCAGAUCAAGCUAGAGACGACCACGGAGGUCUAUGACUGGUUUGGCGAGCACGGCUACAGCCCUGUGUACGGUGCCCGCCCACUCAAGCGGCUCGUGCAAUCCGUCCUGCUCAACCACCUCGCGCUAAUGCUGCUGGACGGUCGCGUGCGGGAGAAGGAGACGGUGCAGGUAGAGAUGCGCAGGGGCGAGGUGUACAUCGUGCCGAAUCACGAGGCCGUCACCUCCCCCAGCAGCGCCACCGCCGACAUUGGUCUCAUCGCGUAG